AUGGCUCGCGCUCAUAGCGUCGGGGCUAUCAGCUUCAUAUGCGGUAUACUGUACUUUCUAGCUUUCUACGAGUUUAUCUCGGUGCCGCUGGUCGACAAGAGUGUCUCUUAUCUCGUCCUUCCCGUGCUGCCAUGGUGGCUCCUCGUUUCAUUUGGAUCAUACUCCCUGUGGUCGAUUGGGUGGGGGCUAUUCACGUUCAGGGAUUGCCCUGAGGCUUAUGCAGAACUUAUGGAUGAAAUUUCACAAGCGAAGAAUGAACUUCGAGCUAAAGGUGUAACUGUGGACUAA